GUGAUGCUGGUGGUGGUGAUAGUGAAGAGGAUGGUUGUAGUGAUGAUGGUGAUAGUGGUGGUAGAGGUGAUGGUGGUUAUGGUGAUCCUGAUGGAAGUGGUGAUGGAGGUGAUGGUGAUGGUGAUGCUGGUGAUGAUGAUGCUGGUGAUGGAGGUGAUGGUCAUGGUGGUGGUGAUGCUGGUAGUGUGAUGGUUCUGUGGUUUGGUGGUGGUGGUAAUGCUGGUGAUGGUAGUCAUAGAGGUGAUGGUGGUGGUGGUGAUGAUGGUGAUGGUGAUGGUGGUGAUGGUGGUGGUGAUGCUGGUGAUGGUAGUCAUAGAGGUGAUGGUGGUGGUGGUGAUGGUGAUGGUGGUGGUGAUGGUGGUGGUGGAGGUGAUGAUGCUGGUGGUGAUACUUGUGGAGGUGGUGGUGAAGGUGAUGGUGGUGAUGAUGGUGGUG